AUGUCGCUGUCAUACUUCGAAGCCGUGAACAUCCUGAACAGCCAGGAGACACUAACCGACGUCGGGGAUGCGUCUCAGAAGCUAGCAAAAUCGAUCGCGAAGAUGAUCCACGAGUUCGACACCGUCUCAGCCCACCUCCACACCAUCGAUAUGCAAGGCCUUACUGCACCGAUGCUCCCUCACUGGACCGCUUUGAGCCAGAACUUUCGCCAACAAAUUUGGCAAUUCCGCAACAAUGCAGGGCUGAUUUCCAGUCGUCUCACAAUGUUUGUUUCCCUCGUGCUGCCGUUGGCAACGCGCAAUCUGAACGGCGGAUCGAGUCAUAAUCAUCAGGAGAAGCUCCAAGUGUUACAGUCGUUCAUUGGAGUUUCGUCAGAUCACGCUGCGCAAACGCGAUCGCUGACCGAGGGCAUGCUAAUGCUCAAUUCGAACCUAAACGCGUUUCAUUCGAACUUUGCAAGGUUUGCUGCUAGUCGAAUGACCUCAGGGCAGAGCGAAUUGCAAGAAGUAGCACAGAAGAUCGGUCAACUUGACGCACGGGUUAAACAACUGUACAUAGGAGUUGGGCGACUAGUUGGCAUUGAAAUUGCCUUCUUAGUAUUCUCGACGUUCAGAAUGGUUAUGUCUUCUGGUAGGACUGGCAAAUCCAAGGGUUCUCGCCACAGGCUUACACUCACCAAUACCGAUGCUACCGCCGUGAGCAAAGAAUACGAUAACAUUGAUCGUCUCCAAAACGAGUUCGCUCACGCCGACCACAACGUCCAAAUGCAACUGCGCAAGACUGACACGGUGUCCACCUCGAGGGCAGCCAUUUCGUCGCUGGUCAGUAAUCAGAUGGUUGCUGUUCAAGCAAUGCUGGGCUUGUGUCUUGCGAUCUGGGCUAGGCUUCAGACCGACUGCAUGGAGAUCCUAGGCUGGUUGCAGGGGUCAGGCCAUAAUGCGUUUCCAUCCGUCCUCUCAGCCUAUAUGGAGGGAGGCCAUACGAUCUACGCCCCAUUGGCUCGCGCACUGGAUACGUUCACAGCCAGCAUCGAUCCUUCUCUAUUUCCUGGUCUUGCGCAACAGUGA